GUGAGCAAGUAGGGAAAUCUGGCAUCUGGUAACUGGUAUCUGGCUGAGUGCUCGGCAUAAAACGGAAAACUUGUUGGGAUGGAUAAACUGCGGGGCAACAAUGCGGCUGGCGAGAAUCCCUUCAAGCGGCCAAUGAAUGCCCUGCAGAAGCAGUGGUAUCGCGUUUUACUGGCCCGCAGAGUGGGAUUCGGGCCACGUCCUGCGCCCGAUGAAAAGGAGCUAACGUACGCCGACAUUUGUCGCAAGCGUUAUGUGGCCUCGUUCCGGCGAUACAAUGAGCGUUUCCGCCGGGAAAUGGCCAAGCACGAGGAGAUGCAGCGAUGCGCCAUCGAUGCCAUGAGGGUUCACAGAACCUUUGCCAUAACCACACUUUGGCUACCUUUGCACUCCAAGCGGGAAAUUAACUCCACGUUGGAGACCCUCGAACAGGUCCUUACCGCCAAGGAAAGGCGACGCCUGCAAGAGAUACUCAAGCAAGGACAGUCGUGGCACUCCCAUCGCUAAGGAAAACAUCCACUGAACCCAAGGACACUCUUCGGACUCAGAUUCAGAUUCCGACUCCGGCACUGACUCAUCCUUAAACCCAUCAUCAUCAUCUGCCCCGGCUAAGUGAAUUCCAUUUAGCUUGGAUUUCACUUUGCCAGGAAGGGCCUGAUUUUUCUUCGCUCACUUAAUUUUUCACUUUUCCUUCGUUUUGUUCUUGAAAUUUCGCUGUCAGUGGCCAAAGCAUUGUCGUAAAUAUUUAAUACCAGUAAAAGUGCAAAGUUCACUUUGGC